UUACCUAUCAUGAAGUCUAAUAGACUCUGUGUCUUUUUGUUAGAGACUUUGGUCCUGACAGAGAGCUGGGCAGGCUCUCACUCCCUGAAGUAUUUCUAUACCGUUGUGACCCGGAGUGAGCGCCCGGAGCCGCGGUUCAUCUCGGUGGGCUACGUGGACGAUCAGGAGUUCGUGCGCUUCGACAGCUACAGCGAGAGUCAGAGGUUGGAGCCGCGGGCGCCCUGGAUGGACAAGAUAGAUCAGGACUACUGGGAGGAGCACACGCGGAUAGUCAAGAAGGACGCCAAGAUUAACCUAGAAUACCUGGAGACCCUGCGAGGCCUCUACAAUCAGAGCGAGGGAGGGAUUCACACUCUCCAGAAAAUGUUCGGCUGCGAGCUUUCCGCAGAUGGCAGCUUCAGGCGCGGGUUUAAAGGAUUUGCCUAUGAUGGGCGGGACUACCUCCUCCUGGACACUGAAACUUUCUCGUGGGUGGCGUCGGUGCCGGAGGCUGUGUACACCAAGCGCAGCUGGGAGGCGGACAGAAGCUUCCAGGAGAGACAUAAAGCUUAUCUGAAGGAGGAGUGUGUGUUAUGGCUGCACAAGUACCUGGAGAUCGGGAAGGAUGCCCUACUGAAGACAGAACCACCUUUAACCAGAGUGACCCAUCACCCCUACUGCAAAGGGGAAGUGACUCUUCGAUGCUGGGCCCAGGGCUUUUACCCUGCUGACAUCUCACUGACUUGGCUGAGGGAUGGAGAGGAACAGCUUCAAGACGUGGAGUUCAUUGAGACCAGGCCUUCUGGGGAUGGAACUUUCCAGAAGUGGGCAGCUGUGGAGAUGACCUCUGGCCAGGAAGGCAAAUAUACCUGCAGAGUUCAGCACGAGGGACUGCCUGAGCCCCUCAAUUUGAAAUGGGAGUCACACUCCUUCCUCUGGAUUAUUUGGGUCUUUGUGGGGGUCAUUGCUCUUGUUGCAGGAGUUUGGUUCUGGAAGAGAAAGAAUGCAGGUUGAAAAGGAGGGUACUAUGUUCAGGCCAAGGGCCUGGGCCCAAUCCACAGGCUAAUGCCUUGUAACUGUCCAGGACAGCCUCUCUUUAUGCUGACCUCUGUUGAAUCAUCAUGGCAUGCAGAACAUUGGUGCUAAAGGCUGAGGUAAAGGAUUCACGUCAAGGCAUGACUGGCCAUGGUAGGGAACAAGAUACGGGAUGAAGAUGUACUGGACAGUUUACUUGAGUCUGAUGGCAUUACACUACUGACAUCAUCUCUGUACAACUAGCUAUAUAAGGGGUCCCCUCUCAAGGCUAGUCAUCUUUGGUUGCUGACCAGAGUCCAGUUUUAUUGGGAGACCAGCCCUCUCUCAAUAAACCUAUUUCUUUUUGGCUUGGA